CAACUAAAUUGAUACUCUUAUUUCAGGAUGGACGUUCAGAUUUACGGUAAAAUAAAGGAUCAUGAGUUCCACAUGAUUAAGUUGGCAGUUGAGACACUUGAUCGGACUCACAAAGGUGCAUUGAAGCUCAACCUUCAUGAGCUGACUGACACUGACUGGGAGAGUUUCCUGACCGAAAAGAAAACUGAUAUCAGAGGAGAAAUAUGGGGGUUCAAGAAUGGCACAAUGGCCUUUGUCGAAGGCGAGCUUAUUGGAAAUGGUGAUGAUUUCAUGAGGUGGACGAAAGACAAAUUCGGUAUGAUUGAUUUCAGGCCACCUGCAUUCUACGAGGCUCUUGCAAAUCAAGCAUACAAAGGUUACCUUGAAAAUACCGAGCGUGAAUUUGUUUAUGUUGAUUUCACACACGACAAAAGACCUAUGGGGCGAGUUAUAUUUGAACUGUACAAAGACAUUGUCCCUGAUACUGUGAAGAAUUUUGUCGAUCUUUUAUGUUCAAAAACAGAUAAUAAGAAGUUCGCCUCAACCAGCAUGCACAGAAUCGUGAAGAACGGCUGGGUCCAAGGGGGUGACUUCGUUAAUGGAAGUGGAGGAAACAGCGAAUCAUUUGAGGGAGGAAAGUUCAGCGAUGAAAACUAUGCAGUGAAACACUUGAAGCGGGGAACUAUUGGCAUGGCCAAUGAUGGACCCCACACAAACGGCUCACAAUUCUACAUCACAUUUGCUCCUGCCCCCUGGAUGGACCAGCAGUAUGUAGCGUUCGGCUGUCUCAUUGAGGGUAUGAGUGUGCUGGACGAUAUUGAAAACGUUGAGACUUAUAACGAGAGACCAAAGAGACCACUUUGUAUUCAUGAUUGUGGACUGUUGAAAAAUGCGCUGUGAGAGGUUCAAGCUGAGGUUAGAUUGUGGAUUUACGGUCAUUUUUGUUUUGUAAGACUACAGCCUGCUGGUUACAAGUAAAGAUAUGUCGUUCAGUUUUUGAUUUUAUAUGAAAUUCAGAUGUAAAUUGUAAAUACAGUUAUCAAAAACAUAAAAAUUAUUUUAAAAA